CCACUUGUCCCUCUCCUUUCAGGUGUUCCCUGGCCCACAUACCCUUGAUAAGAUAUAUGCACAGGAGCAGUGCUUGUAGUUGAAGUUACCUCCAACCUUACAGAGACGUCGGUCGGUUGCAUAGUUUCUUCUUUCUUGGGCUUAGGGUUGCAACCCAAAACAGCAGCUUGCAUGGAGGACCUCAAAGCUUUUUCCUUAGACCCUUGUCUAGAAGGUUAUGGACCUCUAGUACAGAUGUCUCACCAGCCUUGCCUUCAACCAUCCAUGGGGUCCCCUGGAUUCACCAUGACCCACUGUCUUACUCAGAACCCGAUCAGAACUUGCUGCCCAGGGGGUUACAAUAGUUCUGGAGAUCUUCCAACAUAUCAGGAAAACAUAAGGGGUGCGGAAUGGUAUGGACACAGUCAGGACAUGCACUAUUCUUCAUUUUCCAGGAUAAUUACACCAUCAGGAUUUAACAUGCCGCCUUCUGGCUGUUUGGGAUACAUCAGCGAAGGAGCCAAAACCUCUCUGUACCUUCAGCAUACAUCCAAGAGAAAAAGGAGGGUUCUUUUUUCCCAGGCCCAAGUGUAUGAGCUAGAGAAAAGAUUUGAGCAGCAGAAAUAUCUUACAGCCCCAGAGAGAGAACAGCUAGCAAAACAUAUCCAUCUUACCCCCAACCAGGUGAAAAUUUGGUUCCAGAACCACCGCUACAAAAUGAAAAGGCAAGCCAAAAACCGAGAUCAUCCUACAGAGGAAGGAGCUAAGCCCUACAACAUGGACUUGGAAGAGGUGAAGGUGCCCUGCCCUAGUCCAUGCACUUCCAUGGAAGAUUAUAGUGACGUGAAGCUGGACUACAAGGCCUCCAUCCAAGAACAACUCCAAGGUCAUAGUCUUUAUUUAGGACAGGACUUUCUUAGCUCUCCUUCAGACAUCCAUGAGUUCGAGAAAUCGUCUCGGAAUAUUGUGUUCAAGCCUUGGUGACCAGUGACAGAAACUCUUUCAUCAUUGCUAUGGCCACACAUUGCGCUAAACAAAUGCUGGAUCCUACUAAACAAUCAUUUACUGCCAUCUGAACUUUUAUUAAGAAAAAAAAAGGAAGUCAUACAAUUGGUAUUCAUAAAUCAUAAGAAGAACCAUACUAAUAUGUUGACAGACAGCCUUACAUAUGCGUAAACAAAAGUGUGAAUUUUUUUAGGCAUUUAGUUAUAAAAGGACAAAUAAAAUCUGACUUAUUCACAGAGAACACUUAUGGCACCUUCACGCUAAAUUUGAAAAAAUAAAGAUUUGCGUAGAAAAUCUGCCUCCCAUCCACAAAAUAUGGAAAUUUAAAUACAUGUUAUUAAAACCUACUUAAAUACCUAUGCAAAUAGGUCAUAUUGUGGCCCAUUUUUUUAUUUUAUAAAUAUUCAAAACAGAAGAUAUGGUAUUUGAGAUCUUUAAAAUAAAAUUUUUAUAAUAAUAGAAGCUCUUACAUUAAUAUUUACUAGUUUUUUGUUGGUAGUUAAUUAUUACAUUAAUGCCUUUUUAGUAUGUAUUGGCACAAAGUCUGAACCGGUUUUUAGAUUCACAGGGCCAGAUCCACAGAAGAA